ACAGCCAAAUGACAGUUUCCCUUGAUCUGUGUCACAGUGUGGUUCGAUUUGGGAGAUAUGCUCAGGGUUAUGACUGUAGCUAAUUUAUUAACUUUGGAUUAAGUUGGACACAUUGUGGCAAAGUGGGACAGGACAACCCAUCCAUGCGGCAUUUGAUGCAUCUAUGCACAUUUGGUGCAUACAUGUCUCUCCGCAUGCAAUUGGUGCAAUAUGGUAGCUGAAUGCUGAAACCAGCUCAAUGCUACUUGGAGCUGUAAUAAUUUUUUUCGUGGAGAACCUUUAUUCUGGAAGUUUCGUGACCCGGAAAUUGUCCUUCGCGCUGCUGACCAGACGCUGUUCAUUUUUGUUAUGCUAGACUAAAUGUAAUUUCGAGGCGUUGGAAUCUCUAUAUAUAUUUUUUACAAAAUAUUUAUUCAAAACUUCAUCCAUUAACAGUUACUUAUAUUAACGCAUUUUCUGGUCUAAUAAUGGCAAAUUCAGUUGCCUUUCAUACUCAGCUAGCCUCAAUCAUGGAGGUUUUGGCUAACGCGGCGGUGGCUGAAAUCUGCGAGCUUGUUGACAAUGGCUAUGCAGUCCUGCAUUUGGAGAUAUCUCGAGGGCAGAAGGAGAAUGAAGCAUUGAGGAGGAAACUACGGCUGAUGGAGCUGAAAGUGUCUCGUGUGAGUGCCCUGAGAGCGGGAAUGGGAAGUUCCAUCCUCGCGCACAGUCGCUCGCGAGCUCACCUUGGCAUGGAAUCGAAAAGGACAUCAAGCAGCGAGCUACAAUGUCGGAGAGCAGUUGAUUCCCAAUUGGUCACCAGCCUGUUUAGGGACGGAAAGUCCGUAGGUGACACUGGACAAACUACCACAGUAACCGCACAAAGAAAGCCUGCAGCACUGGAUGAGUUGAAGCCUAAAUCGCAGACCAUCAAAGAGGAAAGGCAGGAAGAAGCGUGGGAGAAUCUUGACCAAGGAGAGAGACUGAGUACUGAGGCUUUAAAUCACAGUGUUGAUGGGGGUGAUAGGCAUUCCGGCCUGGACACCGAAGCUCCUCAACCAAUCAGUAAACAGGAGAACCCAAGCUCUUGUCUAUGGGUGAGUGGCGAGACAGACAACAGCAGCAGUCUCUUACCAGAACCGAGUAAAAACACAAGUGUGAACAAAAUAUCCCAGAACCCGGGAUUGGAGAAUGGUGAUGGGAUACCCGAGCCUGUGGGCUUCGACUGUAUGAUGUUUGACCCUCCACGACAACUCGGGGCCCUUAACCCGCAGGGCCAUGGGGAUGACAUUCCAGAAUGCUCGUACUCUCACGUGGACGUUGUGCCCUUACACUCGGACGCAGAGCACGCUUUCCCCUAUGCAGUCAGCACUGCAACUCGCUCCGGCGCCGAGCACAAGCAAACCGUAGCGUACAGGGACAAUAGGCAGAGAGCGCCGCUGUCCUCCGAUGAGCCUCACGUGACCGCUCGAAAGGGUUUGGAGGCUGAACCCAGUGGUUUGGUCAUGACGGAUGGCUGGGUCUCGCACGACAGCCAGAACAACAACAGUGCGAGCUACAGCCGCGACGGCGCAGCAGGUAAGCUUUUCAUUUGCACUUUCUGCGGCAAGACGCUGGCCUGUCUGAAGAACCUUAAGACACACCUGAGGGUUCACACCGGCGAGAAGCCGUUCAGCUGCAUGCAGUGCGGGAAGCGCUUCUCCGACUCCAGCAACCUCAAGCGACACCAGAGCGUCCACACGGGGGAGAGACGCUAUGGCUGCAGCCACUGCGGGAAGCGCUUCGCCCAGUCGGGCUCGCUCAAGGUCCACCUGAGCGUGCACACGGGGUGCAAGCAGUUCCGAUGCCCACAGUGUGGGAAGACUUUCAUAUCGGGCAAUCAUCUCAAGAGACACAUCAGUGUCCACGACGGAGAACGACUGUUACCAGACGCUUUUCAGUAAGCGUAAGCGCCCUCAAAAAUGCUUUCAACUCCACUUGAAGAAGUAAAAAGCGAUCGCUUUAUAAGUAACUUGAUAUUCCAAAAGGUACUUUUUUUUAAGUUAGUGUUCUUGUAACUACCAUUAAAGCUGUUUAGUCACUCAUCCUCUGUACAUAAAGUGCCUCGGUUUUAGAGGAAAAUUA